AUGGGGAAAUAUUUUGCUAAUAAAAUACCUGAUACAGAUAUUUCAAAAUAUGCAAUUGCUUUGGGCAUAGAUAAUCCACGAGAUUUAAUUGCUUGCAUGGAAAAUACAACAUCAAAUACAGCUCGACAAGUAAUUCGACUUUUAUAUUCAUCGGAUCAAUUGUUAACUAUGACAGGAACAGAAGUACCGAAGGAUACACGAUCGGUAAUUCGAGAAUUUGCUGAAUCACAAAAAGGUCCACUAUCAAACCUUCAAUUUAUUGAAGCUGUUAAUGAUGUAUUUCGAUCAAGAAAAUCUGAAGUUAAAAGAGAAAAAAAGAAAGAAAAUAGAUUAAUAGCAUCAGAAAGUAACAACAAUGUUCAUAAGCACAUUGAUUAUCAGGAUAAAAGCCAUAAGAGCUAUUCACAUGAUGAUAAACAAAUAGUCUACCAAAUUGCAGAUCAACUUGAAAAAAAUAAUUAUCGCAUUUGGCUAGAUCGUAAUAAUAUGUACGGUUCUGCAACCCGGGCCAUGGCUCAUGCUAUUGAAAACAGCGAAUUUGUUUUCAUUUGCAUGUCGGAUUCGUACAAACAAAGUGGAUUCUGCGAAAUGGAAGCGAAUUAUGCCUUUCAAAGGAAACGCUGCCUCAUCCCAUUAAUCGUCAAAGGCCCAUAUCGUGCAGAUGGUUGGCUUGGUCUCAUCAUUGCAAACAAGAUUUAUACUGAUUUUCACAAAUAUAAUAACUUUAACGAGGCAUAUAGUAAGGUUAUUCAAGAAAUCACUAGAUAUCGAAAUAAACCAACCACAAAAAUAUCACCGCCAAUUAACAUUUCGACUCCGAUAGUACACACUAUAGAUGUCAAGCCUGAAGCUGCGGCUAGGACUCCUCCAAUGACUCGAACUUUACCGCCGGAACUUCGACUUUGGUCUACACAUGAUGUCAACUAUUUUUUGGAAAUCAAUAAAUUUGAAGUUCUACUUCCAAUAUGUGCAGGAAUGGACGGUUCUACAUUGUCUGGACUACAUAUCAUGUGUCAGAUAAACUCCUAUGGAAUGUACGAAUCUCUAAAAGCAGAACUAGCUCGAUCAAAUGCAUCAGCAUUACCAAUUGCAACCUUAAUUUUAUUAUCUGCUUUUUAUUCUAAUCUUGUCAAAGCAGAUUUUCAUCCUCAACAAGAUUAUCGAAUAGAUUUACGAUAA